CGCUAGUUCAGAUGAACAGCGCUCGCUGACCGGACAAGUCGCUGGAACAUCUGUCAGUUUAUGUUUUGUGCUAAACUGUCGCUUGAGUAAAUCGUGCGUUCGUUUUCACAUAAAUCCAUAAGAGAACGAAGUUGCUUUCCAGAAUAGUACGUGUCAUCGUGCGCCGUCUCUAUUACUCCUCAACCAGUUGUUUUUCAGUGAUUUUUGCUAGAGUACGUACUGAGAACUUGGGACGAGGACGAGUUGAGCUUCUACGAGUAAUUGCACAACCCAUAACAUUCACAUCGUCGAUGCUGGUCAUUUGAAAUCUCUCGUCGUGACAGAGCCCGCCCGCCGCCACUGACAGCCAGAAGCUCGCGGCCUCCGCCCCCGGGCAGCAGCAGCAGCACCAUCAGCAGGGCAGCAUGUCCCGCCAGCAGACGGAGCGCUCCAUCCCGCACCUGCGCGACAUCUUCGGCUUCCACGGCUGGGAGCCGCAGCCGCAGCAGCCCGACCCGGCGGCCGCAGUCGCGCAGAAGCUGCAGGAGAUGCGCGUCGACGCCAGCAACGACAGCGCCGUGUCCGUGGGCUCCACCAGCGAGGACGACUCCCCGCAGAAAGGCGGGGGCGGCGGAGGCGGCGGCGGCAGCGGCAAGAAGAAGAAGCAGCGCAACAGCCGGCGCGACAACGCGCGCACCCUCACCGAGCGCGACGUGAAGCACCUGGAGCGCCACCUCUCCAUGAAGAAGACCAUCCGCAAGAAGAUCAUGCGCGACCUGCAGCAGGCUUUCGUAGAGGACCCGAACGAGUUCCGCGUGGAGGACAUCUCGCCCGAACAGCUGAAGGCCGAGAUCAACAUCCAGAGCUUGAGCUUCGGCGCCCCGCAGAAGCGGCCCGGGAAGAAGGCCGCCGCAGAGCCCAACUUCCUGGACAUGCUGCGCGCCGGCAGCGCCCCUGGCGGCCGCGUCGUCAACGACGACGAGGACUCCGGCCACGGCUCGCCGACGCGCGAGUCACCUGGCGGCCGGUUGGCAGACUGCGGCUACGCGGAUGACGACGACGAAGACGUCGGCGAGGGCUACGAGCCGGAGCCCGAGCCUGAGGCGGCGAAGAAGACGAGCUUCUGGCGGCGGUUCACCAUGAAGGGCCGCAACAAGCGGUGAGCGGCGAGCGGCGAGCGGCCGCCCCUCGCCACCACUCGAGUCCUUACCGCGCACGCUCUCGAAGCACGGGCCUGGAUGUCAGAGUACGCGUGCCUCCAUCACAGACUUCCAAUUCUUCCAGAUGCCGUCCAGGAGGCGCGUCGUUUUAAAAAUAAAACUAAUUUUUGACAAAAUUUGUUUCAUUUCAUUGCAUUCCCUUAAAACCCAAUUUUAACAAACAAAAAUUCCAUUUGUAGUUCAUAAAUAUUACAUUUAACAGUAACAUCCAUUCCAACUGCACCCAGGGCCAGCGAUAUUAGACCUACAAUGAACUUUAUUUGUUCUAGUACUGCACAUAUCUUUCUCCUGAAGGCGCGAGGAAAAAACUGAAUUACGAAAUUUUGACAGGAUUUUCUCAGGAUAUCCAACACUUGCUCUUGUAAAAAUUUGGGAACUAGAGAUUAGAAAUCAUUUUCCAUUAUUUUGUCGAGCACUGUAUUGAACCAGAUUUGUUUAAUGUCAUACGCCUCUUCAUCGACGACAGAGUAAAGGUAACGAAUUACCUCACCUGAUCACCCAUGAUUUGGCACUGAAAAGAGAGUCUUUCAUAGCAACUCCUAUGGCUCUGCAGGUGGAGGACAAUUCAUGAAUAACAAAGGUUUGUGAACAAAAGUUCUGAAAACUGUGUCAUUCCAUGAUCUGCUAGAGUUUAAACAAAUCUUGUUUUGUGACUACAUUUUAUACGUCUUAUAGUAGUUUAUACUUCUGAACUACCUGUUCAAAGUUGGUAAUUCCAUACUGAUGGUGCUGGAAUCAAAUAUAAGGCAUUCUGCCUAUUCCUCCAGUCCCAGGAUCCCCCCCCCCCCCACCCCCUCAUGAAAUACCAAAUAAUUUCAUUUUGGCAUCAUUGAUGACUAAGGUAUUUGGGGUAUUCACCGCCCCAACCCCCACCUCUUAAAAAAAUACCCAAUCUUACCCCCUUCUCCUAAAUAAAUAUGUCUAAAUGCUGUUUAACUGUAUAACACAACAAUUAUAAUGCAUUCAAGAACAAGAAUAGUUUUCUGAUGCACAAAGUACAUUUGCUACCAGUCAAUAUCCAUUACAUGUUCUUUCUUUCUUUGACCUGUACUGGACUGAUAUGCCUGUGUUUGUUUGGGCAAGAUACAUGUUCGGUUGAUGAAAAUCCCUUUCCGGUAGUGUAGCGGCCCUCCCUUCCCCAAAGUUCAUAUAGUAACAAUUUUUUAGAUCUACUUAUACAAAAAAAGAAGCAGGAGGACAAUAAAAAGUUAAUAACUUGUCAGAAUUAAGAAGGGAGGUAACAGGCGGAUAUGUCCAUAUGCCACCUCACCUUACAUGUAGGUCAUUAUCUGAUUUCUCAUAGCCGUUCACAAGGGAUACAGAAGGGGGCACUUGCAUCCCACUCCCUGGAAUCUAGAGUACAGAGUUUUUAUUCAUUGUAGAAAUGCCUUAAACUUUUCUCUGAGGUAUGAUGAAUUAUUUGUCCCGCCUAUAAGAUUUAGUACUUCUUGCAUGACAUGUCUUGAAAGUUCCCUACUUAUUUAUGUCAUAAAUGACAGGCAAGUUCAGAGUCUCCAUGUCCUCCACCCCUCCCUCCCCCCCUCUUCCUUCACCAUAGAAGUUUCUGCAGAUGCACUUGGGAAUAAUGGUCUCUGUUAGAGUGAUGUGACAUUGCAUCAGUGUCAAGCAGUGUCAUAAGAGUAAUGCUUUUAUUUUAUGCUGGGCAAGAGGCACACAUGCUAAUAUGGAGAAAACUCAAUUUGUUAAAAUGUUCAAGAUUUCAACCUAAAGCUAAGCACGUUCCCCUCUUCCCAAUUUUGGCACCCUUGGCAGCUGCCUAGUUCAUGAAGAAGGUUGAGCUGACAGUGGUUGCAUGUGAUCUGGGAACUACUGUUAGCUGCAUGCUCUGCAACCUUAACUCCAAAAUGCCUCAAUAAAGAUAAAAAGUCAGUCAUCAGCUGCACAAGAAAACCUUUAUUUGGUCAAGUGAAACAAAUGAAGAUUAUCUUGUGCAGCUGAUGACUGACUUUUUCUCUUUGUUGAAAUAUUCUGCAGUUAUGAACAAAAUUCAAAGUACCUUCUUUUCCAUAAAUUAUUUUUAUAUAUGGUGACAGGAAAUUCUUUUAAGAAGCAAAAUUUAUCCAAUUUCAGUUGUUUAUGAUUUAGAAACUGCAACCACCAAGGCUUUGUGUAUAUGUAUACCAGUAUAGAUAAUGACAUUAUUCUUCUUUGUCUGUCAAUAAUAUCAUGACAGUUGAUCAUUGAAUCAUACCCAGAACACAGGAUGUUAACAUAAUUUAAGAUAUCUUUAUAAGAUGUAGCAGUACAUACAGAUUACAUAAUUUUGAACAUCAAGGGCUAGGACAUGGGAUCAAAACUGAGAAAACAGGAGCUUAGGCUCCUUUCUAGUGAACAAAAUAUUCUUUACCUGUUCUGAAAUCUAUUUCAUAAAGAAAUACAAAGAGUGCUAUAAUCAUAGUACAUCUCUUUCAAGACAAGGGAAAAAAUCACAUGGGGAAGCACACACUGUGGUGUUUAAAAAAAAAAAUCUUGCCAACUUACUUGACCCGUAGCUCUGCAGUUAGAAGAUAAACAUCCAGACCUUUGCUUCAGGCUGUGCAAUAGUAAUUACAUCUACUUUAUGUGUUUUUCUUUAGUAUUAUACAAGAGAAAACCACAAAGAGGACUUUUUGUAAAAUAAUAGCCGCUGUGAUAUAUAUAAAAUUCCUUUUCCAUUGUUAAGAUAAUAUAGAUUUUGUUGGUUAAAAUUAUGUAGCUAGUCAAUGGGAAUUGAGGCUAAUUUACUUGAAAUGUGUCUUGCACAUUUUGCUUACAUAAUGAUGAGGGCUGCAAAAAAAAAUAGUUAUGUAUCAUAUUUAACUUUUAAUUAGUGCAAUGUCAAUGAAUGCUUUGUAGUGAUUUGGUGUGUUGGGUACCUCCUAAUUUUAUUAUUUGUUUAAUAAUGUUCCUAUAAAUUCAGUGCUGAUGAUGAAUUAGCAAUGUGCAAGAGAGCAAUAGUUAACCACUGAUAUGAUUUCAGCAUUCAAGACUGUUAUUUGCAUGAGAGUGAUUAACAAAACUGAAGGUAUUAAUGUUUUGCAUUGUAUGUCUAGAAGUUCUCUUUGUUUGACAUGAGUCCUAAGUGAUAUGAUUGGCAGCAGGUGACUAGCUGUAUGAUUUGACUGCACAUCUGUGUACUAAAUAAUCAGUGCAAGUGAAAUGUAAGUGAGCAAAGACUUUUAAGUUUUAAUGUAAGAGAUAGUGUCAGUGAAAUAACUGUGUGUAACUUAUGUGCUAAAUGAAGUGAAAGAUAAGCAGAAAUAUUUGCAGAAUGUCUUUUAAUACUGUGGUUCCAACUUAAACAUAAAGCCAAUGUGACUUGUAAAGAUAGUUAACAUAUUUUAUUUAGUAUAAUGUAAUGACCACCUGCAACAUGUAGUUACAUGUUUUUAAAUGUAAGGAAUCAGAUUCUCAAAGUAAAGACUUUAGUAUUAAGGUCUAGAUUCCUCAGAUAAUUAUAAAUUGGAUUUUCAGUAAUGAAAUGGUCAUUUUUAUAAAAGAUAGUAAGAAAUAACAGUUGCUGUAUUUUACAGGAAUGAUGCAAUAAAAUCAUGUUUUGAAAACUUA